AGCAAAUGGGCCUUGUAUUUGCAGUUGUGGAGCAGAAAACAAGUAACGAUUUUGGGCCGGAUUCACCUAUCCAAAUACCCCUCAUUGCAACUCGUCGUCGCCGGUAAUGGCUGCCUCCGAGCCGGACGGACGGUUAGCUGCCUUCCUAAAAUCGGGCACCUACAGGUUUGAUGAGUCCACCAUAUACUUCAUCGAUCCGGUUCGGGUCCUGAACCGGUCCUACACCCGGAUUAGGGUUUCUCCGUCGGCUUACUACUCCCGCUUCUUCGCCUCUUCUAAUUCUUCAAUCGAUAAUCCCGAUGCUUCGCCCAAUAAUCCCAGGAAGCGCAAAUGCCGCGGAAAGGAGAAGAAGAAAUAUCGGGCGCUCAACUCGCGGGAGCAAUUGGCCGAUCGUCGGCAUCAGGAGGUGAGAGCGGGUUUAUUGAAGGCGCAUGAAGCAUUGCUUGGUGCUAGCGAGCUGCUAGGAGUUUUGAGGAAUUUGAGGAGUGAUGGACAGGGAAAUUGCGGGGAAUUGACUUUUGCGGAGCGUGAGCUAGAUUUUGUGGAAUUAGGGAGCGUUUGGCAAGCUCCAUUUUACGAGAUUGUUCUUAAGAUUGGAGAUGAUGGCAGUGCAGUUGAAAAUGCAGGUUUUGGGUCCUCGAAUCAAAUAGAGGUUCCAGUGUUUGACAACUUAAUCGCCAAUGAGUGGAGUACUGACAUAGAGGCUGAAUUACUGGAACACAAAUACAUAUUGCCGAAAAAAAGUUGUGUCUAUAUGUCUGAUCUGAGGCAGAUUCACAAGUUGAUUCCUGCUGAAUCUGAUCGUGGCUUCAAUCUAAUAGUGAUUGAUCCUCCAUGGGAGAACAGCAGUGCUCAUCAGAAACAAAAGUACCGGACUUUACCUAAUAACUACUUUUUAUCUCUUCCUGUAAAGCAACUUACCCAUAGUCGUGGAGCUUUGGUAGCCUUAUGGGUAACCAAUCGGGAGAAACUGCGAACCUUUGUGGAGAAUGAACUGUUUCCCAAAUGGGGCGUCAAGUAUGCUGCUACGUUUUACUGGUUGAAGGUGAAGGCGAACGGCUUCUUGAUUAGUGAACUGGAUCUCUUCCAUCACAGGCCAUACGAGUGUCUUCUCCUAGGUCUCAGUGAUGGAAAGGGAAUGGAUUCUGAAGAGCUGCAGAGACUGAUACGGAUUUCGGACAAUCAAGUAUUCAUCAGUGUUCCAGGAGAUUAUUCAAGGAAACCCCCAAUUGGAGAGUUGCUACUGGACUACGUCCCCGGACCCAAACCUGCGCGUUGCAUCGAACUGUUUGCUAGAGAGAUGAUCGAAGGGUGGACUUCAUGGGGUAAUGAUCCUCUACAUUUUCAAGAUUCGAGUAUUUAUAAUUAUGGAAGGAUUAUUAUUGUAUCUGCAGCUUGACUGUACUGCUAUUAUAGUCAAAUUCGUACCGCACUAACAAAUUUUAGAGUCAGAGGAGGAGUUUAAAAAAAUUCGACUAUUGACUUAAUUGUCAUGCAUGUUGCAAUAUCCAUAAUUAUGGCCGCCAUAACGGGUUAAUUAGUAAUUGUAUUUGUUAUAAUUAUAUAUUUAAUUAUUUUUAGUUAUUGAUUUG